AUGCCCCACGCUCACCAGUACUGGUGCCUGCCAUGCAGGAAGCCGUUCCGAUCUCGCAAAGGGUACUCACUUCAUCGUACGCGUAUCCAUCCACGUCUACAGCGGGUCCCUCUCCGAGCAACGUAUCGGUUUCACCCAUACUUGAACGGGCUCCCUUGCGAUAUACAGGGGUUGUUUCUUGCGCCCGGGGCUCCACCGCCUGAGAAGGAGCCCAUCACCUUUGCACCCUUCGAGAACCGGCCUGCCUUUGAAUUUGCUGACCUGAUUGUGAAGAAGAUGCAGACCUCUAUAGGAGAUAUCAACGCCCUGCUGCGGACGCAGGCCGCUUACAAUGCGACCCAAGGUGGAGGGGAUCCGCCAUUCGAGGACUCAGACGAGCUCUUCGCAACGGUCGAUGCGAUUCCGUAUGGUAACGCACCUUGGGAAAGCUUCACCCUACAGUACACAGGCCCAGUUGACGACGACUCUCCGUCAUGGAAGCGGGGAACGUUUGUCGUUCAUUGCCGCAAUCCAAGGACGGUCGCACACAACAUAUCCAGAAAUGAAGAAUUUGACGGGAAAUUUGAUACGACGCCGUAUCAAGAGUAUUGUGCACCCGGAGCUCCAAGAUUCUCGAACGUCAUGUCGGGUCUAUGGGCCUAUAAGCAAGCGACCAAAAUCGCCGCCGACCCUGCGACGCAUGGGUCAAUGCUGAUGCCAAUCAUCCUGGGGGCGGACAAGACAACGGUCUCGGUUGGGACCGGACACACAGAGUUCCACCCCGUUUACAUGUCCAUAGGUAAUGUGGACAACUCCAUGCGACGUGCUCAUAAGGACGCGAUCAUCCCAAUUGCGUUCUUAGCAAUCCCAAAAGCAUCCCGAGAGGAGGCCGAGACGGACGAAUUCCGGAUCUUCCGCAAGCAACUCUAUCACGCGUCCCUUGCGCAGAUCAUGUCGCCGCUGAAACAAUACAUGGAGACGCACGAUGUGCUGCAAUGCCCGGAUGGGCACUUCCGCCGGGUAAUAUACGAGCUUGGCCCCUUUAUUGCUGAUUAUCCUGAACAGGUCGUACUUUCUGGAGUCGUCCAAGGGUGGUGCCCGAAAUGCUUGGUUCCUCCGGAAGAUCUGCAUAAGGCCGGCGAACCGCGCUGCCAUGAACACACUGCCCAUGUCGUCGACGCGUUUGAUGUCGAGACUCUGUGGACAAUGUGGGGUAUUGAUGCAAAUGUGAUCCCGUUCACUGCAUACUUCCCCCGCGCCGACAUUCACGAGCUCCUCACACCCGACCUUCUUCACCAACUGAUCAAGGGAACAUUCAAGGACCAUCUCGUCGAUUGGGUGGAACAAUACCUCUACCACGUGCACUCGAAGAUAGAGGCUCGACGUCGGAUGGACGACAUUGAUCGAAGAAUCGCGGCUGCGCCUCAAUUCCCUGGCCUCCGCCGGUUUCCGGAAGGCCGUAAUUUCAAGCAAUGGACAGGUAAUGAUUCGAAGGCCCUGAUGAAGGUGUAUCUAUCGGCGAUAGAAGGACACGUCCCUGAUGAGAUGGUCCGCUGCUUUGCCGCGUACCUCGACUUCUGUUACCUCGCACGACGAUCAGCCCACGAUGACAAGUCGUUGGCAGCCAUGGAAGAGGCUCUUACCCGUUUCCACACCCAUCGCGUCAUCUUUGAGACGGUGGGUGUACGUCCCGAGGGCUUCUCACUUCCACGGCAGCACGCUCUUAUCCACUACAUCACGGGUAUCCGACUGUUUGGUUCCCCAAACGGUAUCUGCUCGUCGAUCACCGAGUCAAAGCACAUCCGCGCGGUCAAACGGCCAUGGCGCGCGUCGAGCAAGAAUAAUCCUCUGCCGCAGAUCCUCCGUACAAAUCAGCGUCUGGACAAGCUCAGUGCGGCGCGCUCAUGCUUCACGAGCCGUCAAAUGCUCGAUGGUGAUGUUCUCGCAGACGCGUUGAACCUUGCUAUUCUAACACUGGACGACGACCUGGACGACGACCUCAAUGAGCCAGAGGAUGAAGUAGUCGAUAUUGAGGGAGACCUCGACGGGACUGUUGAGCUGCCGAAAAGACAAGAGCGUCUGGCGGCGGAGUACGACCAGCCUCAUCUUCAGGAACUUGUGCGGCGCUUCCUGUUUGAUCAGCUCGCUCCCGAUGACGCCGAGGUCGACUCAAGUGCAGUCGACCUCUCUGAAUGCCCCAAAUUCGAUGGGAAGAUCGCUGUAUACCGCACAGCAUAUGCGACCUUUUACGCCCCAAGCGAACUGUCAGGGACUGGUGGCAUGCACCGCGAAACGAUCCGCGCUAAUCCGUCGUGGCGCGGUCAUCCUCGUUUCGACACAAUCCUCCUCAAUGUUGAUCCCGACGAGCCGGGACUAGACGGGCUGGCUGUUGCACGGGUGAAGGGCCUCAUGGCCAUAACGUAUCAUGGCAUGCGUUACCCUUGUGCGUUGGUUGACUGGUACGAAAGGGUGGAUGCCGAGCUAGACAACCCGACUGGUAUGUAUGUAGUCCAGCCGGAAUGUGUUGAUGGAGAGCAGGUGUCAUCGAUUGUUCACUUGGACAGUGUUUUCCGUGCUGUACACCUUACUGCUGUGUAUCGAGACGCUGAUAUACCACUUGAUUUCCAUUUCUCGUAUACUCUAGAUGUAUUUGAGUCUUUCUACGUAAACAAGUACGGUGAUUACCAUUUACACGAAUACAUAAUCUAG